AUGGAUAAUGCAGAAUCGCAAUCCAAUCUAACGAAUGGCGGCCAGGAACUCCACGGCAAAAAGCGCCCGGCCUCCGAGGAACCGAACACACCAUCUGAUGCUAAAAGAAUCAAGACCGAUUAUAAUGAGUCGACCGAGUUGGAUGUUGCACCACCUGUUGCACCCCCGAGAAUUCCCUUUCCUGACAGGCCUGCAGUAUUAGAAGAAAGAAGUGGCGAAAUCGAAAUUCGAGUUGUCAACAAUGAUGGUGCCAGAGAGAACAUGGUUGUCCUUACCGGCCUCAAAUGCUUAUUUCAAAAGCAGCUGCCGAAGAUGCCAAAAGAUUACAUCGCACGUCUUGUCUACGAUCGAAAUCAUUUAUCCGUCGCGAUCGUGAAAAAGCCGCUAGAAGUUAUAGGUGGAAUUGCAUACCGGCCAUUUGGAAGCCGCAAAUUCGCUGAAAUCGUUUUUUGCGCCGUCUCAUCUGACCAGCAGGUUAAAGGAUACGGAGCACAUCUCAUGGCACAUUUAAAGGAUUACGUCAGAGCCACAUCUCCAGUUAUGCAUUUCCUAACGUACGCCGAUAAUUACGCGACGGGAUAUUUUCAGAAACAAGGCUUCACAAAGGAGAUUACUCUUGACAAGUCCAUCUGGAUGGGGUAUAUCAAGGAUUAUGAGGGAGGAACGUUGAUGCAAUGCUCCAUGCUUCCCCGGAUCCGUUACCUCGAAGUUGGCCGCAUGCUUCUUAAGCAGAAGGAAGUCGUACAAGCCAAAAUUCGCGCUAUAAGCAAAAGCCACAUCGUCCAUCGACCGCCUCACCAGUGGGCAAACGGUGAAGUGGCUCCAAUCGACCCGCUGUCUAUUCCUGCCAUCCAAGCAACUGGUUGGUGUCCGGAUAUGGACGAAUUGGCACGGGAACCACGCCACGGCCCUCAUUUUAACGAACUGCGACGGGUUCUAUAUCAAAUUCAAAACCAUAAACAGGCGUGGCCGUUCCUCCAUCCGGUUAAUAAAGACGAAGUCCCCGACUAUUAUAAUGUCAUUACGACGCCGAUGGAUCUUUCGACGAUGGAAGAACGAUUAAUGCACGAUUCAUACAAUACUCCGAAAGACUUUUUCAACGAUCUCAAAUUGGUCUUUAGCAAUUGUCGACAAUACAACGAUGCAACCACGGUAUACAACAAGUGCGCAGUUAGGCUGGAGAAGUACAUGUGGAGUCUCAUCAAAGAAGUCCCGGAGUGGUUUGACUUGCUUGAAGAAUGA